AUGUAUCUCACUGUGUGUGUGUGUGUCUCAGUCCUGAAGCGAGGGAAGGAAUAGAAAGCAAUAAACAUGAUUGAUUCACUGCAGCUGAGCAAAGCAGUCUAGCCUCUCCCUCUCUCUACCCCCCACUCCCUCUCUCCUCCCUCAGUAUAGUGUGUGUGUGUGUGUGUGUGAGAGCCAGCAGCCUCUCCGUGUCACUCCAGGUCUCUGCUGUUGCAUUGCUCUGCACAGGACUGCUGCACACCCAGCUCUGAGAUCCCGCCUGCCGUCCGACUCCUGGACCCACUCCCUGUCUGCCUCUCUCUCGCUCUCUCUCUCUCUCCGUUUCUCGAUCUCGGUGAGUUCUUGAGCUGGCCGGUGGACGGCACAGCGCCCCUGUGCCCCUAUCCUGGGUAGCUGGUUCUGAGCGUGGCGGGGAAGGGGCAGUCCCGCAGCGUCAUGCGGAAGAAGACCCUGCUGGCUAUCUUCACAGGGGUGCUGCUGUACCUGGUGGGGGGGGCGCUGGUGUUCCAGGCGCUGGAGAGGCCUCGGGAGAGCCAGCAGCACGGAGACAUCGCCCACAAGAAGACGCUGUUCCUUGGGGAGCACGACUGUGUCAGCCCCCAGAGACUAAACCAGCUCUUACAGGAUGUGGUGGAGGCGGUGGGCUCGGGCGUCGACCCCGUCAGCAACUCCACCAACUUCACGAGCCGCUGGGACCUGCCGACCGCGUUCUUCUUCUCCGGAACCAUCAUCACCACCAUCGGGUUUGGGAACAUCUCUCCGAAGACGGAGGGCGGUCAGAUCUUCUGUAUUUUCUAUGCUCUGAUGGGGAUCCCAAUGUUCGGGUUUCUGCUGGCCGGAGUGGGAGACCAGCUGGGAACGGGGCUCCGGAAGGGGAUAGGAAAAAUCGAGGAUGUGUUCCUGAAGUGGAAAGUCAGCCCCACUAUAAUCCGAGUGAUCUCGGCCGUGCUCUUCAUCCUGAUUGGCUGCCUGCUGUUUGUCGCCGUGCCGACGCUCGUCUUCCAGGAAGUGGAGGGCUGGAGCCUGCUGGAGGCCACGUACUUUGUCAUCAUCACCCUGACAACUGUGGGCUUUGGAGAUUAUGUGGCAGGCGAUGCUGUCGAGGGGGGGCACUGGUACAAGCCGCUGGUGUGGUUCUGGAUCUUGCUGGGAAUGGCGUACUUCGCUUCCAUUCUGACCAUGAUCGGGAACUGGCUGAGAGUGCUGUCCAAGAAAACACGAGCAGAGAUGGAGGGUCUCACUGCUCACGCUGCUAACUGGACUCAGAACGUGUCGGUGGAUUUCCGGGGGCUGGAUCUCAACGAGCGGCUCAACGCAGCGGGGCUGAAGAGGCGUGUCCGGCGAGCGAGGAAGAGGCGUGGCCGGGCCGCGGGGGAGGGGCCUGGGGGGCAGGAGGAGGAGGAGGAGGAGGAGGAGGAUCUAGACGAAGAGGAAGAGGAGGAGGAUUCCUCUCCAGAGCGGGGCAAACGACGACGCCGCGAAGACGACAGCGAAUCGGCUUCCGGCUCCUCCGAGAGGUCAGGGGUCACGGAAGUGGAGGAGCUGAACCAGAAGAACCGGAACCAGCCCGGUCCGGAACCGCCAGACAACUCGGCCUCCACCCAGCCUCUGGAAUACUUCGGAGAGAACCUGGCCUUCAUCGACGAGACCUCAGACACUCUGAGCGUCAGGCAGGACCAGGAGGAGCUGAGGAGGAGGAGGAGGAGGAGGAAGAAGAGGCAGAGGGAGAGGGGGGGCCGCAAGGAACCAAACGGGGGCCCGGCUACGGGCUGGGAGGGGCCCGGGAGGAACAGAGACAAGGGAGGAAACAGCUGAGAGGAGAGGGGAGGGAGGAGAGGGGAGAGGGGAGAGAAGUAUUAAUACAGUACUUUCUGGAUGCAUUGCUUGUUUAUAAUUGGAAAUGCCUGUUCUUCCUUCUCUAUUAAAUACAUAGUAUUGAAAUGCAUUGAAUCCCCACAGGGCUGCGUCCGAGAGACCUGGGCUGAGUUACACUGACAAUCACAGCUGACAGGGACGGCAGCCUCGCCCGCUCCAAUCACAGCUGACAGGGACGGCAGCCUCGCCCGCUCCAGUCACAGCUGACAGGGACGGCAGCCUCGCCCGCUCCAAUCACAGCUGACAGGGACGGCAGCCUCGCCCGCUCCAGUCACAGCUGACAGGGACGGCAGCCUCGCCCGCUCCAGUCACAGCUGACAGGGACGGCAGCCUCGCCCGCUCCAAUCACAGCUGACAGGGACGGCAGCCUCGCCCGCUCCAAUCACAGCUGACAGGGACGGCAGCCUCGCCCGCUCCAGUCACAGCUGACAGGGACGGCAGCCUCGCCCGCUCCAAUCACAGCUGACAGGGACGGCAGCCUCGCCCGCUCCAAUCACAGCUGACAGGGACGGCAGCCUCGCCUGCUCCAGUCACAGCUGACAGGGGCGGCAGCCUCGUAAUAAACAGCGAUUUAAAUUCUCGGGAAAUUUUAAAGAAUUAUUUUUUUUUUUUUUUUUUUAAACCAAGG